GUCUUAUGUGCCUGCCCUGAAGGGGAUCAAGAUUGAGUAUUCGGACCCGGUUUUAUAUUUGGAUAGUGGGGUUUGGCAUCCUUUGGCUCCUUGUAUGUAUGAGGAUGUGAAGGAGUAUUUGAAUUGGUAUGAUACUAGAAAAGGAUGCUAAUGAGAAGCUUAAGGGUCCAAAUGCACCAAUUGUUGGUCUGAUUUUGCAAAGGAGUCACAUUGUUACUGGGGAUGAGAGUCACUAUGUGGCUGUGAUUAUGGAAUUGGAGGCAAAAGGGGCUAAAGUGAUUCCAAUUUUCGCCGGUGGGCUUGACUUUUCAGGGCCUGUGGAGAGGUAUUUGAUUGAUCCAAUCAUGAAGAAGCCGUUUGUGCAUUCAGUGAUAUCACUUACUGGUUUUGCACUUGUCGGGGGGCCAGCCAGGCAGGAUCAUCCCAGGGCUGUUGAGGCACUGAGGAAGCUUGAUGUGCCUUAUAUUGUUGCAUUGCCUCUGGUAUUUCAGACAACUGAGGAAUGGUUGAAUAGUACCUUGGGGCUUCACCCAAUUCAGGUAGCUUUGCAAGUUGCUCUGCCAGAGCUAGAUGGAGGCAUGGAGCCCAUUGUUUUUGCCGGUCGGGAUCCUAGAACAGGAAAAUCACAUGCUCUGCACAAGAGGGUGGAGCAACUUUGUACUAGAGCAAUCAGAUGGGGUGAAUUGAAGAGGAAAUCAAAGGCAGAGAAGAAGCUAGCAAUCACAGUCUUCAGUUUCCCUCCUGACAAAGGAAAUGUUGGAACAGCAGCCUACCUUAAUGUCUUUUCAUCCAUCUACUCAGUUCUAAAAGAGUAGAGGGUAAGAUGGACUUUGAAUUGGUGUCCAAUUUGUACCUUU